UCUGGAUGGAUUCCAGCGAAUUCCCUGCCUCUUUGGGGCCCCUGCCUCUGCACAAUAAGCCCCUAAUUGGGGAUCUCCCUGCGGGCCUGGAGUUCGGAGAGGAUCUGCUGGCCUCCCAAACAGCCUCCAUCCCACAAGCAGCGACGGCCCAGCCCCAAGAGAUGGAGUGGGAGGCGCCUAAGCAAGCAGCGUCCGACGGUAGCCCACAGUUUGGCGUGGGGAAAGCCGCUGACCUGUCCACCGUGAGCAAGUCUAAUAGUUUGGCCCUGAGUAAAGCCAGCACUUUGGAGCGCCUGGAGAAGCCUGGCCUCCUGGGCAGCUUGAGCAAAGGAGGGGGCCAGGAGGGGCUAGAGAAGUCUGAGGACCCCAAUGGCUUCUUCAGAGCACGUGGAUCUCUGGACCCAGAGAAUGGGACGGAAGCCCCCCCUGUGCCGGGAACCGAACAGCGCCUGAGUCCCGAAGCUUUGCAGGAGGAGGAGGGGGGGUCCCAAGGAGGCACAGGGCAGGAGAGCCACACCAAGCAGCCCAGCUGCGCUCCAAACCGCUCCGCUGAGGAGGACCCUGAGGUGGUCGAGGUGAGCAGCGUGCCCCCUUCGCAAGAAGCUGCCCCCUCGUCCGGCAGCCCCACAACGAGCCCACGGCUGGCGAAGAAGCCCCGGUUGAAACCCCCCAAGAAGAGCGCCCUGGACGCUUCGGCUAAUGCAAAGGAGGAGGAAGGGGCCCCUCCGAACAGCCUCCCUGAGCCUGUGCCCCCCUUGCCGCCUGUUCCAGAAGUGGCCGAGGGGAGUCUGAGUGCAGCCACGAAAGAAAGUGGGCCCAGCGAAGCCACCAAAGGACGAGAAGCGGGAGCCCCGCCAUCCCUCGCAGUGGAAGGCGCUGGUACGAAGGGAGCCGAGGCCCCCGUCGAAAGGGAGCAGAAGAGGAGCGAGCGAGCCAGGAGGGCAGAGGUGUCUCGGCCAGAAACGGUCAACUCUUCAGAGAGCAUCCCUGUCUCUGAUGAGGAUUCGGACGCCAUGGUGGAUGACCCCAACGACGAGGACUUUGUCCCCUUCCGCACCCGCCGGCCCACCCGCCUGUCUCUGCGCAACCAGAUGGCCCAGCGGGCGGCCCGCUCGACCGUCACCAAGAUGAACUGCGCCAACUGCCGCACGCCGCUACAGAAGGGCCAGACGGCUUACCAGCGCAAGGGGCUCCCCCAGCUCUUCUGCUCCAGCACCUGUCUCACCACCUUCUCCAAGCGGCCCCUCAGCAGGAAGAGCUGCACCUUCUGCAAAAAGGACAUCUGGAACACCAAGGAGUCGGUGGUGGCCCAGAUCGACAACUCUUUCCACGAGUUCUGCACCUCGGUUUGCCUCUCGCUCUACGAAGCGCAGCAGCAGCAGCGUCCGGCCCCACAGGCAGCUGAAACCUCGGACACCAUCCGGUGCAGCGUCUGCUACAAGACUGGAGAAAUCCAGCACGAAGUGAGCAACGGCAGUGUCGUGCACCGGAUCUGCAGCGAUGCCUGCUUCACGAAAUUCCGGGCCACCAAAGGGCUGAAAACCAACUGCUGCGACAGCUGUGGCCUUUACCUGUACAACAAGGGGGCCCCCUUGGAAUACCUCUUCCACGAGGGGCAGCAGAAGCGCUUCUGCAACCCCGCCUGCCUCAACAGCUACAAGAAGAAACACACCCGGGUCUACCCAUGCAUGUGGUGCAAGACGCUGUGCAAGAACUUCGACAUGCUCUCCCACAAAGACCGCAACGGCAAGCUGGGCCUCUUCUGCUCCGUCUGCUGCACCACCUCGUACAAGGUCAAGCAGGCCGGACUGACAGGACCCGUCCGGCCUUGCAGCUUCUGCCGAAAGAGCCUGUCUGAGCCCUGCUAUUACAACAAGAACAAGCAGGUGGUGUACCAGUUCUGCAGCCCCAGCUGCUGGACCAAAUUCCAGCGCUCCAGCCCGGAAGGUGGGAUCCACUUGACCUGUCAUUCCUGCCACAACCUCUUCACUGGGAAGCCCGAGAUCCUGGAUUGGCAGGACAAGGUCUACCAGUUCUGCUGCCGGGACUGCUGCGAGGACUUCAAGCGGCUGCAAGGGGUGGUCUCCCAGUGCGAGCACUGCAAGCAGGAGAAGCUGCUGCACGAGAAGAUCCGCUUCUCGGGAGUGGAGAAGAACUUUUGCAGCGAAGGGUGUGUGCUUCUUUACAAACAGGAUUUCACCAAGAACCUCGGCCUCUGCUGCGUGACCUGCACCUAUUGCUCCCAGACCUGCCAGCGAGCCGUCACCGAGCAGCUGGAGGGCAGCACCUGGGACUUCUGUAGCGACGACUGCAAAAGCAAAUACCUACUCUGGUACUACAAGGUAGCUCGGUGCCACGCUUGCAAGCGGCAGGGGAACCUGUUGGAAACGAUUCACUGGCGAGGCCAAAUCAAGCAUUUCUGCAACCAGCAGUGCCUGUUGAGGUUUUACAACCAACAGAAUCAGCCCAACCUGGACACCCAGAAAGGGCCUGAGAGUCUGCUGAACAGUGAGUAGCCGGUGCUUCGGCCAGCCAAGACUUGGAAGCGCAUGAGUGGAAAGGGGGGCGAAGGAAUUAUCCUGCACUGGCCCCGUGGCGGGCGGGUCGUGGGCUGGAAUUCCACCAUGUGGGAGGAAGGGGGGAAAGGAGGGAGGGCGGCUUCCCUUUCUCGCUCACCUCUCUGGUUCUGACAUGCCGGGCCAGCCGGGAGUAGUGCGGCCCAAGGUAGCCCCACAUCAAAUAGGCUGUGGGGCAAACUGUCUCUAGGGAGGAAGAGAAACUCCCGAAUGGAUCUGUGGACCAGAGGAUUCCGGGGUUCGGGGUGGGCGGUGUGCCUGUUGUCCUCCUUUGCUCAGGACUGGUUUUACACUUGGGGGCUCCGGGACGGGGAUCACUGUGGCCGGGAGGGCUUUUCCAUGGUGCGUUGGGCGUGGCCAUUCCUGGGUUUUCCAUGGUGCUUAUUUAACCCCAUUGGCUUGGUUUUGCUCGCUCUGAAAAAGCAUUUCGAAGCAUCUGGGUAGACUACACCGAGAUAUCAACUCCAGAGGAAAACUAAAAGUACUUUCAUUGAGAUUGGCUCCAUAACGGAUUCUUGCACGUCUGAUUAUGUUCUUCCUCCUCCUCCUCCUCGCAGUCCAAUGAAGUAGGGAGGUGUCUGAGCCUCUUCUGAAUAUUAUCCGUCUGCUGUGGACCUAAAAUAUAUUUUGCCCCCUCCUCUCCUUGGCAGCUGAGUUUGUCGAUUAUCUCCAUCCAGGUCAUCUUUUUUACUCUACAGUAGCGGUCUGGGCAGGGAUGGGGGCAUCUGGGUGACCCCCCCCCCACUUGCCAUUUGGCUUCCUGGUAGGUGCUGGUUGU